CAAAUUGAGGGUGUGAGGGGAGUUUAAGAGGGGAGUUGACGUGGCAUAACCUGAUUGGGUGUGCGUAAGAGAGGGGACUCCCCUAAGAGGGGAGUGCCCCUCUCACCCUGACCCCCGUUGUAUGUACAUCUGAUGAUCAACAACUGUGACCAUAUAUUUUGAGAUGAUAUAUCUAGGCACUCUUCGUAAAUCAUUUCAGUAAGCAUGUCGUUUCAGACUGGCCAAGAAGCUCAAUCGUCCCAAUCUUUAGACUGUCUACCACAGUGUCGUCAGCUUACGCUUUUCGAAAUUCUAGCAGCAACCAAUAACUUUGAUGAGUCAUCGGUGGUCGGACAUGGUGGUUUUGGCAAAGUUUACAGAGGAACCAUCACUAAUGGAGAAAGUAUUUUGGAUGUUGCCAUAAAGCGCCUGGAGUCAACUUCUGAUCAAGGAGCUGCGGAGUUUUGGGCUGAAGUUGAAUUGCUUUCGAAGUUAAGGCACUCUAACUUGGUAUCUUUACUUGGCUACUGCAGUCUUGGGAAGGAGAUGAUCCUUGUUUACGAGUAUAUGCCCAAUGGAACUUUUUCAGAUCAUCUCCAUAAAUGUCGAUUUCCUCUAACAUGGGUGUGAAGACUCAAAAUAUCCAUAGGGGCUGCUCGUGGGCUAGAGUACCUUCACACUGAUGUGGGUAUUAGGCAAGGAGUUGUACAUCGCGAUGUAAAGAGCUCGAAUAUAUUGUUAGAUCAUAGUUGGUCAUCAAAAGUUUCAGACUUUGGGUUAUCCAAAAUAGUUCCAACAAAUCAGCCUUCUACUUAUGUCAACACGUUGGUGAAAGGUACAUUUGGAUAUCUAGAUCCAAAUUACUUUCAAACCGGCAGGCUGACCCGAAAAUCUGAUGUUUAUGCCUUUGGGGUGAUACUAUUUGAACUCUUAUGUGGGAGAAAAGCAUUAGAUACAAGUUUUGAUGAGGAGCAAAUGGGUUUGGCAACAUGGGCUCAAGACUCCAUUAAAGAAGGUAGGCUAAAGCAAAUUGUGGAUUCUGAUUUAAGGGGGAGAAUAUCGUUUAAAUGUGUUAAGGAGUUUGCACAGCUAGCCAGCCGGUGUUUGCAUAGUAACCCAAAGAAACGACCAACAAUGAGCGAGGUUGUGGUGGGCCUUGAGUUGAUUUUAGCCAUACACGAGAAAACCAACAACCCAUUGGACAGAAAAAUAUUUGGUUUAAGGUUACCUGCUUUUGGCUUUCCAUCUAUUCAUGAAAACUCAGUUGUAGGUAUAAGUUUAACAUCCAUUGAGUCGUACCUUUAUACUAUUGGAGGUGAAAACCAUAUAUUACGCCGGUUUGAUUUUGAAACUAUCAAUGUUGCAACUGAAAACUUCUCUAGAUCUAAUUUGCUUUGAAAAGGCUUUUAUGGAAUUGCCAUGUACAAGGGAAAACUGCAAAAUGGCCAAGAUAUAGCAACUGUUGGGAUGCCUUAUUCUGAUAGACUAUUAGAAUUUUGUAUGAAUCAAGUGUCUAUACUUGUAAAAAUUGAACAUCCGAAUUUGGCUCAGUUGCUUGGAUGGUGCAUUGAAGGAACAAACGUCUACCUUCUCUAUGAUAUCUCACAAAAUUAUUACACAACUCUGGGACAUCUGUUAUAUUUAUCUGAUCACAACGGUGCUCCCUUCAACUGGGAUGAGCGGUACCGAAUAUUACUAGGUGUUGCCCGGGCACUUCUUUACCUUCAUAAGCAUGCUCCAAUUAGGGUCAUACAUUGUGAUGUCCAACCUUGGAACAUUCUGUUAGAUGAAGGCUUGGAACCGGAACUACAUGGUUUUUACUAUGCAGUGUCUGCACCAAACAACGAGACCGAUUGCAUUGAAAUGAACUCGAUUCGUGGGACCAGCGGAUAUAUCGCACCAGAAUUUCUAACGCAUGUUCAUUUGUCAACUAAGGCUGAUGUCUUUAGUUUCGGCGUGUUAGUUUUGGAAACUAUAGCAGGGCGUAAACCAGCUUCCUACAUAGACGAUUCCAAGGAGAGUUUUACUCAGUAUAUAUGGAGAAAUUGGGUGGAAGGAACAUAUUCAAAUAUAAUUGAUACCAGACUUUCUGUUGAUUCAAGAUCCAUCGCAAGAUUUAUCCAUAUGGGGUUGUGGUGCAUUCAAAGAGAAGCUACAGAUAGGCCAACAAUGGAGGAGGUUGUUGGCAUAUUUCUUGGCAGCUCAUCUAUCUAUCUCCCUAUCCUGACACGACCAAAUAGCAUCUUGUUCAAAAAUUAUUCUGAUGGCUGAUGAGUUUUAUAGAACUUGACCCUUUGGUAGCAUGAUUCUAAGACCAUCCAGAAUCCAGAGUAAGGAGACUUAAAAGCACUCAAAAAAAGUGUCAAGUCAGCUCUCAUAUUAAAAAAAAAAAAACACUCAUUCUUGAAAAACACCUAAAACCCACCCAAUAAUAAAACUUAUGAGUUAAUUGCCCAGAUAGUCUAUGUGGUUUCGCGUUUUUUCACGUUUAGUCCCUGUCUUUUGGAAAUAGCAGUUAUGCUCCCUAUGGUUUGUUAUUUUGUUACUCGGAUAGUUCCCUGAGUAAAUGUCAGUUAGUUUGGUCAGUUAAGUUGGUGUGAAAUUACUAAAUUAUCCUUACUAAACAUAAAAAUCUGAUUUAUUAUUUAAAAGAUCUAUAUAACCAUCAGUUUCUCUCUUUCUCUCUCUCUCUCUCUCACAACAACCAUCAUCAAUCAUCAUCUUCAAACAACAACCUUCAUCCAAUCUCUAACCCCUAGCCACCCUUACACCUUUAGAUUCUAGAGAGAGAAAAAUUCCAGAGAGAGAGAGAAAGCCGCGAGAUGAUGUUGGUGGUGGUUGUUCUUGAAUCUGAGCAAAGGGGUGGCGGCGCAGCUAGGGGCGAUAGAGUUAGGGGCGGGGCAGCGGUGUUUAUGGUGGUAACAACGGUGUUAGGGUGGUGGAUGAGUUGAUGUAGGCGGUUUUCUUGAAUAUGAGAUUUAGGUGAGUUGGUGUUUGGUGGUGUUCUUGAAUCAGAGAUUUAGGUGAGUUGAUGUUUGGUGUUGUUCUUGAAUCUGAGAUUUACAUUGAAGUUGGAUGAGAUGAUGUUGCUGGAUGAGAUGAUUUAGGUUGAUUUAAGUUCUUCAAUUUUUGGUGGUUGUAUAAAUCUGAAACAAAUGAUUAGAUGAUGUUGGUGGUGGUUAUGAAGAUGGAAUUUGAAGAUGGUGUUUAAGUUCGAAUUUAUUCCAGAAUUUAUUUUCUUUAUUUUGAAGAUCUUAUGUUGAUAUUUUCAAUUGCAGAUGUUCAUUGUUUGAAGAUGUUCAUAUUGUUCAUUUGAAGAUGUUAAUAUUUUUUUCAAGAUGUUGAUGUUCA